GUCGUCAGCCCACUCCGUUCCGUUCUGCUUAAUAUCGUGUCCUGUCCGUCGUUCAUCACCAUUCGCAUCCUCGCUCCACUCCGUUUCCGCCGCACCCUCGCUGCCGCCAUGUACAUUCGCCCCGCGCACGCCGAGCUGGACGUCGGCGUCCUGCAGGACUUUAUCCAAACCUAUCCGCUUGGCCAACUAACGACGGCGAUCAAGAGUGAGCACGGCCCGACGCUGCAGACCUCGCACAUGCCCUUUGUGCUCGACACCUCUGGGCCGGGCACGCUGCGCGCGCACAUGGCGCGCGCAAACCCACAAGCGAAGGCGCUGCGCGCGGCGGCGGCCGCGUCGCCCGACGGCGUCCUCGAAGACGAAGUGCUCGUGCUCUUCAACGCGCCCGUGCACGCGUACGUGACGCCCAAUUUCUGCACGACCACCAAGCCGGACUCGGGCAAGGUCGUGCCGACGUGGAACUACGCCGCGGUGCAAGUGUACGGGCGUGUGCGGGUAUACGCGGAGAACGACGCAGCGGCGGGCGCGUUCCUCACGCGCCAGAUCGCAGAUCUUACGGAUAUGAUGGAGGGCAAGCGCGGCGACGAAGGGGAGCGGUGGAAGGUCGCGGACGCGCCGGAGAAGUAUACGGAUCUGCUGAAGAAGGCGAUUAUCGGGCUCGAGAUCCGCAUCGACCGCAUUGAGGGGCGGUUUAAGCUGUCCCAGGAGAUGGGGGAUGGCGACUGGGCCGGCGUCGUGCGCGGCUUCGCCGCGCUCGGCACGCCAGAGGGCGCGCAGAUGUCCAAGAUGGUGGCGGAGCGCGGCAAGGCCAGGGAUGUGGCGGUGUAGCCGGAGUCGGCGCUUCUUGCGGAUAAUUGAUAUCAUGACACUAGUAGUUAAUGUUGUGCCACCGGCCACCGGCUCAUGCACAUUGUGUUUCUUC